CUGUGGGUAGCGCGAUAAGCCCAACUGAAUGGUCUGAUCAGUCGCGCAUCGAACUUGAGAUUCCAGUAGAACUGUUUCAAGCUACGUUGCAAGAUGUCUCGAGCAAUCACAAUUGCCUCUUGGCUAAUCCUUAGCAUUGGCGCCCUGGAACGAUGCCAGGCAAAUGUUGUGUUUCACUUUUCGCUGGAUUUCAAUGUGAAACAGCCCGAAAACUCUUCGGAAACGAUUAAUAAAACCAUCUUGGUGAAUCAUAAUCUGGUGUCGAUCCAGGACAAUGAGCCGGGGCCGACCACUGCCUGGUCUGAGCAGGACCAAUACAACGAGGUAGCAGUGGAGCUUUUAAUGGACACAAAGCGUGUGGUGCAACAGCUCAAUGUGGAGCUGUCGCCCCUGGUGGGACGCAGCAAUGAACUGGCCGCACGCCUCAAGCAGACCCUGCGUUAUGUCAACGAUGUGGAUGCCAGCCUGGAGAAUGGUCAUUUUGGCCAGCAUGUGGAGCAGCUGCGCAAGUACAUCACGCUGGUGGAUACCCUGCAAUUGCCGAGCAGAACAGGUGGUGUGCGCACCCUGGAAUUCGUACUGCUCAAGUUGGCGCUGGAGAAACACCAGUUGUUGGCCAAGAAUCAAGAAGUCGCCGAGUAUCUGCAGCGGGCGGAUGCGGCUUGGACAAGAUAUAAAAGCACACAGGUCGUCCUGUCAGAGAGCUGAGCCCAAAAAUAUCCCUAAAGAUAAAACAAUCCUCUUCGGUGUGCCGAAGUUGAAAUACCCUUGCAGAAAUAGAGCUUUCAAGCAAGUCAGAAAAUAUGACUUCGAAACGUUAAUUCCUAUUGGACCUCUACGAUAUAGUCGUCCGAUGAUAAUAAAAUUUUUUGCUUUUAUGUUAAAAGCAUAAAAAAUUCCAUAAAUGCCGAGUUUGUUGUUUCUCUGUAUUCGAUGGACUUAUUCUAUGUCAGCAAAAUGAUAUAGUUUUCCGAUCCAGCCGACUUGAGCAUAUGUCCUGCGUGCAGCUGAAAUAUAGAACUAAGCAAUGUUUCAUCAAUAAAGUUUUAAAUCUGAAUAA